AAGUUAUUUAUUUAUUUUUUUUUUUUAUCACAGAUUAGAGUGGAUAUGGCGGCUCAGAGCUUCUAUAUAAACACGAGCUGGAGUCUUAAACAGGAGGAGUGUGAGGAGGAGAUGAUGCUGUGAGCCCUGUCUUUCACUUACUUCUCUUUUUGUUUUGCGGAUCCUUGUCCUCUUUAGAAGACUUUGGUAGGCUACUUUUAUCCAGUGUUUCCAUUUGGCUAAAUAAAGUUCUGUCCUGCGCAAAACCGAGACACCUGUAGACUUCCAAUCGAGUUUUUAAGAUUUCUCCGUGUACUUUGCGCAGAUGUCCACUCCGCUCGCCAGCCUGGACGGGUUCCCGUCUGUGGUUAACGGCGGUUCCUACACCGACACUCCGGUACUUAUGAAGCCUCGGGAUCCGUUCGCAGGUCCGCUCGAGUCAGUCGCGCCCUGGAACUACACGUUUAUUGCGUGCCUGAUGUUUGCGGUCACUGCCCUCUCGCUGGCCGAAAACUCCACCGUCAUGAUAAUAACGUACAGAUUUAAGCAGCUGAGACAGCCCCUGAAUUAUAUUAUUGUCAACUUGUCUGUGGCUGACUUCUGCUUGUCGCUGGUUGGAGGCACAAUCAGUUUCCUGACCAACGCGCGGGGUUACUUCUUCCUGGGCAGGUGGGCGUGCGUGCUGGAGGGAUUCGCCGUCACUUUUUUCGGGAUUGUGGCUCUAUGGUCUUUGGCAAUCCUAGCUUUUGAACGUUUCUUUGUGAUCUGCCGACCACUGGAAAAUGUCCGUUUGGGAGUCAAACAUGCAGCAAUGGGUCUUUUGUUCGUCUGGACUUUCUCGUUCAUCUGUACUAUUCCUCCAGUACUUGGCUGGAACAGCUACACAGUCAGCAAGAUUGGCACUACUUGUGAACCUAACUGGUACUCAAGAGACUACAAUGACCAUACUUACAUAAUCACCUUCUUUGUCACCUGCUUUAUCUUACCACUUGGAGUAAUAAUUGUUUCCUAUGGAAAACUCAUGCAGAAACUCAGAAAGGUAUCCAACACUCAUGGGAAAUUAGGUAAUGCACGGAAACCAGACCGGGCUGUGGCACGGAUGGUCAUUGUAAUGAUAAUUGCAUAUAUGGUUGGCUGGACACCUUAUGCAGCAGUCUCCAUCAUCGUCACAGCCUAUCCAUCUAUCAAUAUUGACCCUCGCCUUGCAGCAGCACCAGCCUUCUUUGCUAAGACUGCAGCUGUGUACAAUCCAAUCAUUUAUGUGUUUAUGAACAAGCAGUUCAGGAAGUGCCUGAUUCAGGUGUUUAAAGGCAAUGGCAUGAGCAUUGACUCAUCCCAUUUGAACCCCACCUCAGACAAAGGGCCCAUCACAAAAACAGAAAGUCACCUGGGAGAGAUGUCAUCCAUCGCUGCCCAUGUGCCUAUGACCACAUGCAACUUUGAGAAAACUGAUGAGGAGGAUGAAGAAGAAGCCCAGAACCAGAAUGAUGGAUCCACGCAACUUCCUCUAUCCGAAAGCAGAGUUUGCCCUCUGUAGAGCAAACUUAUAAAGCUCAAAUGUAAUGAUCUGUAGCCUGUUGCCUAACUGCUCAGGCAGCUGGAAAUGCAGCACAGCUGCGCUAUGCAUAUAGAGGAUGUAAAUUAUUCUGCAUGUAAAUAUUCAUGUAUGUUCAGUGUUUAUCUCUACUCCUUUGUGCUGUGAAAGUCUGAAAAAAAAUCUAUUUGUUUAUGCUUAUGGUUGUGUCUUGCAGAAGGUUGCAUAUAUGUUGUAGCCCUGUCAAUUUGUUGUCAGUGAAUGAAUGUUAACUAAAUGUAUGCAUUAUUGCAAUAUUUGUCUUUAUUUUUAAUUUAAUCAUUUAAAUUAAAGUUAAAGUAUUUUGCCUCUGUAAUUUAACCAUUGUAAUAUUAUUCUGAGACCUAAUCAUGACUUAAUA